CACUCACCCCCGAUCCCCUUGCUGCAGGCUUCACCCUAGAUUCACCCUAGAUUCAGCUUGCAGUUUCUAGCCUACCCCUGCUGCCCCCGUAACUGUCCCUCAUUUCUGAGCGCUGCUCGCAGCCCUCCUUGGCUAGUAAAGCGUCAGGUAGUCCUCAGUUGGGCCCCCUUUUCUCUCCGUAGUGCGCCAUGCACCUCGAGUGGGAGCUAGAGCAGAAUGUGGAGGAUCAGCCGGAGCAGCAGGGGCAGAGCCAGGGGCCGGGCAGGGACGGAUUGUGCGCGGAUCAGGAGGCGGCGCGCAACGCGUUCGACCUGCAGAUUCUCGACAUGAACUUUGACGCCUGCUCGCACAGCCCGCCCGGCGGGCUGUCGUUCGACCUACGCCACGCGCCGCCCUUCCUGGGCAGCAACCCCUAUCAUUCGCUCGCAUUCAACGCCCACCCCGCGUCGUCCGUGCAGUCGCAAAACGCCGCUCCUUCACAACCCGAGAAUCGGCACGAGGUCGCUGUCCCCAGCACGCGUCACGCUGGUCGCAACGCCUACGAACCCUCACCCGCGGAGAAUAACACUAAUGAUAACACCAACUACGGCGCGAGCUCGUCCGACCCUCCCUCCAGAAGCGCCUUCGACCUUCAGCCUGGCAGCACGAACUUCGACGCACCCUCCGAGGCUCCGUCUGGUGCUCCGUGCGACGCUCCCUCCGGGGCUCCCGCGGCCAUCCGGCUGCCGUACGAUCUGCAUCCGCCCGACAUCAACCUGCCGCUGCCGCUGCCCAUGCCCAUGUCCAUGUCCAUGUGCCUCGACCUCGGCCUCGACGCCCCCCACCCCGCUCAUGCCGCUCACGCCGCUGAUGCGGCCAUAGAGACGGCCGCUCCUGCUCCUGCUGGUCGUCACGGUGGGGAUGGCAGGGCCGUUGGUGGUGGAGGGGACAGACGGGACCGUGGGGAUGCUGCCCAGGAUGAUCCUGCCGCAACGAGUGAGCAGGGAAGGAUUGGCGAGUUUGGCGGAACCGGCGAGGUUAGUGCUGUGUGCGCAGGUAUGCUGAGGGAAUUCCAGCAGGGCACGGAGAGUGGGACAGAAGAGCAAGGUGCAGAGGGAGGGGAGGAAGGGGAGAACGGGCGGCAGCAGCAGGCGGAGCAGGCAGCGUCGGACAAGGCGGACGGGCAGGACGAGGCGCCUGAUGCUGGCGGCAUGGCGCUCUGGUGGGAUGUAGGCCCGGCGCCGAACCUGGACAUCGAGAUAGCUCCGGUGGGUGCCCCGGCAACGAGGUUUGCGCCGAGGCUGAUAUUUAGUCUUGACAGCCAGCCGCCGUCCACCGCUCCCCCUGCUGCAGCGACCGCAGACGCCAGAGCUCCUAUCCCUUCUGGACUCGCCCCACCCCCCACAACUCACGAUCCCAGGGAGAGCCACGCACGCACAGCGGCUGUGGAGGCCGCGCCUGGCAGCACCUCCGCAUGCACCCACGCCACCAGCACGUGCCACGUGCUGCAGCAAGGGGGACAUGGCCAGCACGAGCAGCUGUUGCUGCAGCAACAGCAGCAGCAGCAAGUGUACAUGCAGCGCAGCCAGCAGCAGCAAUGGCUGCAGCAUCCGCAGCACACCGCUUUUGCCACAGGCAGUUACAGGCCGCCGGCAGCACCACGCCUUGCGCCUUCUCCUCGCCAUGCGCCCGUCCAGCCGCCUUGUCCCCCCUGCCUUGCUCCCCUGCCACCACCAGCUGAAACUGCCUCACCAGCAGCACCGGCAGCUGACGAAGCAGCAGCAACAGCAGCAGCAGCAGCAGCAGGAACAGCAGCAGGAACAGCAGCAGGAACAGCAGCAGGAACAGUAGUAACAGAAACACCAGCAACAGCAGCAACUGGCACAACCCCAGCAGCAGCAAUGGCAGCAACGGCGAUGGGGCGUGUGGCACGUAUGGGUGGCUCUAGCAGCAGCACAUGGCAAGACGCAGGCAGGGCAGCAUCGAUAGACGGGGGUGCAGAAGCAGAUGCGGACACGAGUGUGGAUGCGAGUGCACCAGAGUCAGGGAGGGGUGUGGACACGUGUGGGGCUGCGAUUGGUCCCAGUGGCCGUGCUGGUGGCAGCAGGGGCACACUGGGUGCCGUUCCCGGUGAUACCGCCGCCAUCAUCCCUAGCAGCAGCACCAUACCGAGAAAUGCCGCCUCCCCUAGUGGCAGCGGCAUUCCAAGGGACAGCGCUGCCCCUAGUGGCAGCGGCAUUCCGCGGCGGUUCACGGUGAGGGAGGACCGUAUGUGGGGCGCGCACUUCUUCUUCUCGCACUACUACACCUCCACGCUCGCCCACUCGCAUGGCCUCGAGUCGUUCAUGGUGCAGCACGACAUUGAGAACGCGUACAUGUGGGCGUUCAGCCUGCGACCCGAGCACGCGCUGGGCAAGAUGCAGCUGCGCUGCUUCAUCUACGGCAACUCCAGGGUGGACGAGCCGUGCUUCCCCUUUCCCGAGAAGGCGGGCUUCCUGCGUUCACACCGCCUGCAGCGGCGGCGCUACAAGGGCCUCGCCAACCCGCUCUGCAUCCACGGCGUCACGCCUGUCGCCACUCCCGACCUCUCCGCCGUCCCUCACCAGAGCAGGAAGCGGUGGGAGGAGCUCACAGGUCGCCCUGUGGGCUUUUCUCUCUCCCCGCACGCCCAUGACUACACUGCCUGGCGCUCCCUGCUGCCGCCUGCUCCCAUGCCGAGCCACGCACCCGCCACGUGUGCUGAUGCUGCAGGGAAUGCUGUGGGCCCAGGUAAUGGUUCCGGCAUAUGUGGUGCUGCAGGUGUAAGCAGCCAGGUGCAAGGUGCGCAGCCAGCAGCAGCAGCAGCAGCAGCAGCAUUGGUGGCACCACUGCCAGAAGUAUUGCCAGGAUCAGCAGCAGCAACGUCUGCAGUGGCUGUAGGACGAGCAGCAGCACCAGGAGCAGCGUCAGGCACAGCAGCAGCAGUAGCAGCACGAGCAGUGGAAGCAGGAGCAGCAGUGCAGCGGCAAGGGGGAGCAGGACGACUGGAGCAGGGUACUUCAGAGGCAGCGGGAGAAAUCGCAGCAGGUGCUGCUGGUGGGGCAGUGGCAAUGACAGUUGAAGGCACAGGGGAGACGGUGGAGGGGGGGUGGGCAGGGGAAGGUAGGGGGAGGCAGGUGGGCAUGCAAUGGGCUCUGGAGCUAGGAGGGCUGCAAGUGACACGGAUGAGACAGAUGCAGGAGAGACAGGAGAGGCAGGAGCAGCAGAAGCGGAGGAUGCAGGGGAGGGAGCCGCAGCAGCAACAAGAGGGACAACAACGACUGCCACAGCAGCAGCCGCAGCAGCAGCAGCAACAGGGAGUGCAGGACGCACAUUUAGCCCAACAGGUGAGUGCUGCGAGGCUGAAUGACGGUGACCGGCGCUGCAUAACUGCCGACGUUGACAGAGUGAACAGCGGGCAGGCUGGCUCUGGAGGCCGACAAUUGCGCAGGGCUGUGGAAAGCUUGCAGCGGGGGGAAGGGGACCCGCAGCCAUUUGGGCUGACAGAACUGAUCCAUUUGAGUGGCAGCAGUGGGAGGGGCGGGGGUGAGAGGACGAUGGGAGGGGCCCGAGCUGGGGAUGAAGCAAAUGGGGGAAGAGCGGAGAGAAGUAUUGUGUGCUUUAGACGACCCGUAGCAAGGCAGCAGGUGCAGGCAGCACGGGCAGAGAGGCAGCAGAUGCAGUCAACCGAUGCGUUCUGGCAUGGGCUGAACUCCGCUGGACUGGGCAUGCCUGCAGCGCCCCCUGUGUGUGCGUCACCCGCUGUAAAUACAUCACUCGAUGUGCAUGCCUCCCCCCCUAUGCAGGCAUCACCCGGUGUGCAUGCAUCAGAGCACUCGAGCGCAUCACCACAUGCACAUGCACAGCCACAUGUGUUCACGUCUGGGCGGCGGAGACGAGCAGACGACCCGCUUCUGGGCGGCACAAGCAAACGAGCGCACAGUGCCGCCACUCCCUUGCUGCCUGCUGCUGCCUCGCUGUUUGCCACUGCCAGACCUGUGGCUGCUGCUCCCCUGCUUCCUGCUGCUGGUGGCAUUGCUGUUGGGACAGGAGGUGUGGCUGCAACCAGUACUGCACUCAACAUGGCUGCUGCCAGCACUGCUGCUGUUGGACAAACUGGAGGUGCUGCAAUGAUAGGGAGAGCAGUUGAUAGGCCAAGCAAUGCAGGAGAUAGGGCAAAUGAGGGGAUCGCAGUUGUGAGACCAUGUGCACGUCUGGUUGGGGCAGCAGCGCAUGUUCAGCAGCACCAAUGGCAGCAGCAGCAGCACCGUCUGCGGCAACAGCCACUUCAUCCACAGCAGCAGCAGCAGCAGCAGCAUUGGCAACAGCAGCAGCAUCAGAUAGCGCACGGAUGCCACAGACCAGUUCCAGCACCAGCAGCACGUGCAGCCGCAGCAGCAGCAGCUUCCCUGGCAGCAAUAUCACCCCACCCACAAAGCCAACCAGCAGCACCACCGUCACUGCCACCUGCACCAGCAACAGCCACAACAACAGCAGCAGUGGCAGCAUCAGUGCCAAGCGCCCAGCCUCCUGUGGGGAACACAGCCGAGUUUCAACCGAGAUUGGUGGCUGACAUUGAUGAUGCCGCACCUCAGACCGAACCAGACGCUACACAUCGGACCGAGCCUGCCACCGAAGCUGCAAGCGAGGCUGAGGCACAGCCGGGCCUGUCAUCUACAAGCGUGGGUGUGUCGGUGCGUGACUAUAGCGAAGGUGGGCAGGAGGAGCCGGGCCUUGCGUCCCUCACUUUGAGCCACAGCGGGCAGGUGAAUGGGCGCAGGGAGAGACACGGGCGAGAGGAUGGAAGAAUGGGAUUUGGUCACAGGCGGAAUGGAGUGAGCUUAGCGGCAGAAGGGUUAGGAGCGGGAGGAAGGGCGGGAGGAGGAGAAGAGACAGGGCGAGAUGAAAGGGGCAGGAUGAUGCGUGAGGAGGUAUGGAGGCAGCAGGGUGAUAGAGGCAGUGGUGGGGAGGAGGGGGAGGCACGGACAGCACAUGCGUCAGGGGGGAGAGCGGGCGUGAGUGGGGCUGUUGCCAGGGGACUUGACCCAGGGCCGGCACUAGCCACACCAGCCAUGGCAUGGAGAGGAGGGGCGUCAGGCGCACUUGCUAAGGCUCUGGGCGCGCCCACAUGCAUGUGCUCGCUGUACGAGGACGCCUCAACCUACCUGCUGCUCGUCUCGCUGCCCCACUGCGACCUGUCCCGCCUCCGAGUCACGUGGCGCAACGCCGGUGCUGCUGGGGUAGUCAAGAUUUCCUGCACGGCUACCUUCCCUCCACCCUCCAUAUCUCGCUCCAACCGCACUUUCCGCCAAGUGUCGCCCUCCCAUUGGUCGGAGGAGCACUGCCCCAUCGGCCCGUUCGAGAGGGAGGUCCAUCUGCCUCAGCGCAUUCCAGAGAAUGCUGACGUGGCUGCCAGUGCAUCAGUGGAUGGGACGAGCAUUGAGCUGCUGGUGCCAAAGCUCACCGCAGUCACGGAGGAGCGCGAGGUUCGGGUGCUUGUUCCGGCCCUGCAACAAACAUGAGCGCUGCUCCUAUACCCGCGCCAACAACCACUCUGCCAAUAUCGUGGAUUGUAAUUACCGUAUAUGCCAUGUGAAUUUGUGUUUGAUGUGUGCCUUGUACCGUGUAUGUUGGUUUGAAUCCAUGUGCGUGUCUGCUCAACUUGGGUGCAUCCACUUCAGAGUGUCGGGUCAUGGUACGUGUGCGGAUGGGAUAGAAGACGAAACAUGAGAGAUGGAUCUGGACAGCUAUAUCCAAAAGAAUAAGUCGGUGAUUACAAAUCUAUAAAUUAUCUUGAUUUGUACAUCAUCAUUUCAUGUUUCUAGUUUUAUGACAGCUGCACUUCUAUGGUCGCAUGCAUUGUAAUGU